CUCUCUCUCUCUCUUCCCCAGGUCGAGUCCGCCGUCUCCAGGCUUUCCCACCACAGCAUCGCUCAGAACAAAGGAAUUCGGCCAUUUCCUUCAGAGGAGACCACAGAGAAUGAUGACGACGUCUAUCGGAGCCUCGAGGAGCUGGCUGACGAGCACGACCUGGGGGAGGACAUUUACGACUGUGUCCCGUGUGAAGAUGAAGGGGACGACAUCUACGAGGACAUCAUCAAGGUGGAAGUCCAGCAGCCGAUGAUCAGAUACAUGCAGAAAAUGGGCAUGACGGAAGAUGACAAGAGAAACUGCUGUUUGCUGGAAAUUCAGGAAACGGAGGCUAAAUACUACAAGACGUUGGAAGACAUAGAGAAGAACUACAUGAACCCCUUGAGGCUGCUCCUCACGCCGCAAGACAUGGAAGCCAUUUUUAUCAACUUGGAGGACCUUAUCAAAGUGCACUUCAGUUUCCUGAGAGCCAUUGAUGUCUCCAUGAUGUCUGGAGGGGGCAGCUUGGCCAAAGUCUUCCUCGAAUUCAAAGAAAGGCUCUUGAUCUACGGCGAAUACUGCAGCCGCAUGGAGCAUGCGCAGACCACCCUGAACCAGCUCAUGGCCAACCGUGAGGAUGUGCGGCAAAAAGUCGAGGAAUGUACCUUGAAGGUUCAAGACGGGAAGUUCAAGCUGCAGGACCUGCUGGUGGUCCCAAUGCAGCGGGUGCUGAAGUAUCACCUCUUGUUAAAGGUCCCCGUGAGCACAAGGUCCCACUCCACACCAGCCACGGACACCUUUUGCCAGUUCCUCAGUCGGCGCCGGCCAGUGCUGAACGCUGGCACCAUGUGGUUGGUCGGAGCUCAGCGCCACGGCUGCAUUUAUCUCCCUCCAAUAGGUGGGCCUUGUGUCGGUCGGUCGGGCGCCCGGCUUUCGUUCUCCAUCUCGUGCCAGCUGCUGCCGCCCUCCUGUGCCUGCUGGGAGAGUUGCAGCGCCACGGCGGAGGGCCCGGCUGCCCAGCCGUCUCUCUCCUUCCUGAAAGAAGGCUGGAUGGGAGCCUGGGAGAGCCGGCCUCGAUGGGGCUCAGUGCCAGCUGCCAAAGGAGCGGUGCGCCCAGCUGCUGCUGCUGCCGCCACCUGUGGGCAGCGUGACGUGUUUCCUUGUGGGCAGCCACGAGGGCCGUCCACCCACAAUGGCGGCUGGCAUUGUUUCAGUGUCGGCUGCGUCUCUUUUUUUCAGGACUUGGCCAUGUACAUAAAUGAAGUUAAGCGGGACAAAGAGACACUGAAGAAAAUCAGUGAAUUUCAGAGCUCUAUAGAAAACUUGCCAGUGAAACUGGAAGAGUACGGGAGGCCAAAGAUUGAUGGGGAGCUGAAGGUCCGCUCCAUCGUCAACCACACGAAGCAGGACAGGUAUUUGUUUUUAUUUGACAAAGUGGUGAUUGUCUGCAAAAGGAAAGGCUACAGCUACGAGCAGAAGGAGAUCAUUGAGCUGCUCUUCUACAAGAUGACGGACGACCCGACCAACAAUAAGGACAUCAAGAAGUUGCACGGAAAAACGUGGUCGUACGGCUUCUACCUCACCCACCUGCAAGGGAAGCAGGGCUUUCAGUUCUUCUGCAAGACCGAAGAGAUGAAGCGCAAGUGGAUGGAGCAGUUUGACAUGGCCAUGUCCAACAUCAAGCCGGAAAAAGCAACAGCAAACAACCACAACUUCCAAAUGUUUACCUUCGACAAGACCACCAACUGCAAAGCCUGCAAGAUGUUUUUAAGGGGGACUUUCUACCAAGGCUACCAAUGUAUGAAGUGCAAAACCGGCGCCCACAAGGAGUGCCUGGAGAUCAUCCCCCCCUGCAAAAUCAGCUCUCCUGCUGACCAGGAGUCACUCAAUGUAGGUCCCAAAAUGGUGGCGGUCCAGAAUUACCAUGGCAGCCCAGCCCCUCCGGGGAAAUCGGUCCUGACUUUCCAGGCUGGGGAGGUCAUUGAGUUGCUCAGGGGAGACCCAGAGUCGCCGUGGUGGGAGGGGAGGCUCAUCUCGUCCAAGAAAGUGGGUUAUUUCCCCAGCUCUUUGGUGAAGCCGUGCCCUGUGGAUGCCCGGGUAAGGGUGCCACGGGAGCAGCCCUGGUUUGCAGGCAACAUGGAGAGGCAGCAGACGGACAACCUCCUGAAGCUGCACGUCAGCGGGACGUACCUGAUCCGGGAGAGGCCGGCGGAGGCCGAGCGGUUUGCCAUCAGCAUCAAGUUCAACGACGAAGUGAAGCACAUUAAGGUUAUCGAGAAGGACAACUGGAUCUACAUCACGGAAGCCAAAAAGUUCGAGAGCCUCUUGGAACUGGUGGAGUACUACCAGACACAUUCCUUGAAGGAGAGCUUCAAGCAGCUGGACACCCCCCUGAAGUACCCCUACAAGUCCCGGGAACGCUCCACCUCCAGGACCUCGACGCGCUCGCCAGUUUUCACCCCUCGGGUCAUUGGGACGGCGGUGGCCCGGUACAACUUUGCUGCGCGGGACAUGCGGGAGCUCUCCCUGCGAGAAGGAGACGUGGUGAAGAUCUACAGCCGGAUCGGGGGCGACCAGGGCUGGUGGAAGGGAGAGACCAAUGGCAGGAUUGGCUGGUUCCCUUCGACCUACGUGGAGGAAGAGGGGGUGCAGUGACCGCCCUCCGCCUUGAGGGUGCCGCCAUCGGCCGACGCCAGGAAGAGAGGCCUCUGUGGGCGGCAAGUGCCCGCUCUGGAAGGGGCUCCACGUGGAAAGGGACUGACCAACCAGAGACCCGAAACCCCUUCACCCUUGUGGACCUGUUUCUCUGUCUGCAGAAGGACUGGAGGGGGAGAGUGAGCCCCCCAGCCCAGCCCCCCCCAAUCCGGUGCGGAGCCUGGGUACGCCUUGGGUCUUCUGUGGGCCGGAGGGCUGCGGUGGGCUCGGCCCAGGCUCUUGGCUGGCUGGCCUUGGACAGAGCGAUCCACGCCGGCGUUCAGGGAACUUUUCAAGAGGUUGGCCAGAAGGGGAGGUCUAGCGACUGCUCUGCUUACGGAUCGCGCCUGGGCUGCGCCAAAAUGGACCCACAUGCAGGAGGGGGGCGAGAAGGGAGGUGGGGCAGGGGGAGCCUCCUGGCAAAGGGGCCGGGUUGGAUUUGUGCAAGGUGUCACGUACCCUUUGAGGGUGAGAUCCUGGUGCUGUUAACAAUCUGACUAAGAACCUCUCAUGCAGCUUUGACGGCAGUGCCGCGGGGCGGUUCGCGCCGGUGACUCAGGGGCCGACCCCACUGCCCAGGGGAGUGUCACACCCCAGAGAGAGGGGCUCGGACUCCUCUCAGGCCUCCCCAGGCCCUGGGGCUCAGAGGCCCAUCGUGGCAGCUCUGCCCCAGGCCGGAGUUUUGGUGCAAGAAGCAGCCAGGGCGGGCGCGCCUCGGAGGGCCCAAGGCACGUGUCGGCUGCCAUAGGAGCUGUGGGGUGUGCGAAGGGACCGCCACCCCCACCUGCCCCCAGCUUCUGCCCUCAGCCCUGUUUCGGCAGCCCUUUUGCGCGGGCGGAGAGCCGAGGGGAGCUGCCCUUGGACCCCCUGGCGCCCAGAAGCCCCCUCCUGAGUGGCACCGCCUUUGCCUCCCCCUUGCUGGGUCAAGGAGUCCAGAGUGCACCUUUUUUUCCUCGGGGGGGGGCCUCCCGCUUCCUUUGGUGGGUCCCCACAGCCUCUGUGGGAACGCCCGCACCUUGCACAGCUUUUUUUUGGCUUUGAUGCUUCUCCUUUUCCCUGCAUUCCCAGAAGGUGUUUAUUUCCCCUCUCCUCCAUUGGCCACUUUCCUUGCAAAAGUGUGUGUGUGUGGGGGGGAGGGUGUUCAUUUUUCAUGGGGUGCGACUUGUCGGUGGGAUGCGUGGCUGUAUUUUUACACUCCUGCGUGUACACGGUGUGAAGAGGGCCAUUUCCUCGGCCCUGCUGAAGCCCUUUUCUCAAGCAGCCUUGGAGGGCCAUCCGCCUUGGCUCUUCCCCACGAGAGCCCCCAGCCCCCACCAGGCAUCGAACACCAACGUCUGCAGCCUCCAGCCUCGCAAGUAUAGCCUUCCAUGCCCCUGGUGAGGUGCUUUCCUCAACAGGCCCAGCCCUCCUGGAUUGGCGAGCAGGGCGGCCUCCCGGCAGAAGGAACCGCCGUGGCGGCUCACGUUUCCUUUCCCCCACGGCCACUGGUCACCCUCCCACAGGCUGUGGCCAGGGUUUGGCCACCUUCAGAGGAAGACUCCCACCCUGGGUGCUGUGUGGUCCACAUCCAGCUGCUUUCAUUGCCUGCAAGGGUGGGGGGGGGUUUGCACCCCUAGAGGAUCCCCCACCGCAGCUUGGAGGCAAGAUGGGUUUUCAGGAGCCGAAAAGGAGGACCGGGAAGCCCCAGGACAGUCCUUGACCCUCAUCUUGGGUCAGGCUCGCUCUUUCUGGCCUUUCCUCCACCCCACCCCCCUUUUCCUAUGGGAUGCGUGCAUGAGUUAAACAGACUCUUUGCUAAGAAAGAAAGAAAGAAAGAAAGAAAGAAAGAAAGAAAGAAAGAAAGAAAGAAAGAAAGAAAGAAAGAAAGAAAGAUUCAAAGGGGGGACCUGCAAUGCAUCAGAACAGAACCAAAGCCUUACUUCUGAGUCAACCCAGGCGGCGUGAAGUUGCAAACCCUUCCUUUUUUGCUACCUGACAGGGACUUGCUUGAGUUUUUCCCGCCAUUGAUUUCAAACAUGGUUUUUGGGCUUCCCAGUCAGUUUCCAGGCACAAGAACGACCAAAAAAGAGGGGAGGAGACAGGGCUUCCCCCAACACAGCUGUCCUCCCAGCACGCGGAACCUUGCCCUCGGUUUCCCUGUCCACUCUGGCGGAAAAGGGGUGCAGCUGCUCACCCUCCCUUCUGCCCCUGGGUGGAGAGUUUUUUCUUCUUCUUGAUUUGCUUUUGUCAGAUUUCAAAAUACAGUAAAUAAAAGCAGGACACAGAUGGAUUUCACCUACUUGAGUUCAUGCACCUGUCUAUCAUCUUCUGUGACACGCGUCACGGCAAUUGCACAAUUUAAAAAAACCACCUCAGGAAGCACCCGGAUUUACUGCCCAGGACAAAGGCCGAAGGCGGAGACAGUCCGGAAGAGCUCCUUGCAU